AACGCAACAUUUGGACCCGGAAAGACAACAGUUGUCAAUAAAGCGACGAACCCAUUAGAGACGUAUCCUUCUGUGUUCGGACAUAACUUGAGUCUCUAAUGGGUUCUUCUGCUCGUCUCAGACUCUACAUGGAGGACAAUGGACCGCUGAUCCUGGACGGCGGACUGGCUUCAGAGCUGGAAGCACAAGGAGCCAAAUUACAGGGAGAUCCUCUGUGGAGCUCCAGGCUUCUCCACACGGAUCCUCAGGCCAUCAGAGAAGCUCAUUACAGAUUCCUCCUCGGCGGCGCCGAUGUCAUCUCCACGGCAACGUACCAGGCCAGCAUCCCGGGGUUCGUCAAGCACCUGGACGUGACCCCCGAGGGCGCCAGAGAGCUGCUGAUGUCCGGCGUCCGGCUGGCCAGAGACACCGUGGACCGCUUCGUCUCCGACGCUCGUCCCUCAGGUCGCAGGCGUCCGUUAGUGGCGGCGUCCGUCGGGCCGUACGGCGCCGUCCUCCUGGACGGCUCGGAGUACACCGGAGCGUACGCGGAGCGGAUGAGCGUGGAGGACCUCAAGGCCUGGCAUCGGCCGCAGAUCGACGCCCUCGCCGCGGCCGGGGCCGACCUCGUCGCCUUGGAGACGGUCCCGAGCAUCAAAGAGGCGGCGGCUCUGCUGGAGCUGCUCAGAGAGUUCCCCGACACGCGGGCCUGGCUCUCCUUCUCCUGUAAGGACGGGAGGCGCAUAUCGGACGGCAGCGCCUUCGCCGACGCCGUGCGGCUGGCGGCGAGCAGCACCGCCCAGCUGGUCGCCGUGGGAGUCAACUGCUGCUCGCCGGAGCUGGUGGAGCCGCUACUGGACUCCGCCGGGUCCCUGCUGGGCCCGGACCUGAGCUGGGUGGUGUACCCCAACAGCGGAGGGGACUGGGACACCGAGAAGGGGUGGGUGACGUCGGAGGAACAGUCCGCUUCCAUCCUCAAACUAAGUCCCACGUGGAGGAAGCAAGGCGCUGAUUUAAUCGGCGGCUGCUGCUGCAUAACCCCGGCUCACAUCGCAGAGUUACGACGACGGCUCAAAGGAAGCGACUCGUCUCCGGGAACCAAAAUAUGACGAUUGAUGAGAAGACGUCUGUAUCCAGGAGUUUAAAAAAAAACUUUAUUCAUCGGGAAAUAAUAAAUAAAACCACUCCAUCGCGUCACAUGAUGACAUCUGCGUGGGAACAUAAAAAUUAAAAUAAACCACACGACUCUGAGCUUU